AUGUCAUUCUUCCGCAUAACCCUCCACCGGAGCGCCAUCGGCCUCCCCGAGCGGACGCGCGGCGUCCUGGCGGCGCUGGGCCUCCGCCGGCGGUCGCAGACCGUCUUCCACCCGGUGCACCCGCAGUUCGCCGGCAUGAUCAUGAAGGUCAAGGAGCUCGUUCGGGUUGAGGAGGUGGACCGCGCGCUGAGCAAGUCGGAACUCAAGGACGAGCGGAGGCCCGAGCCGGGAUUCUACAUUGAGAGGGCGGCGAGGAGGGUGGGAGAUGGGUCCGGGGAGACACGGAUAUGA